AUGACUGAAGGAAGUCCUAACGACAGGCAACUUGAUAAGACACCCACUUGGGCAGUUGCUUUUGUCUGUGCAGUCAUGAUUCUAGUUUCUAUAUUGCUGGAGAAAGCUAUUCAUGGAAUCGGAGAGAAAGUAGCAAGUAAUGUUCUAAGUUGGUGGGGCACCCUGAAUUGGUUUGGCAUGGAGCAAGUUGGAGGCAGCUUUUGGUUUCACAAAAAAAACAAGAAACCUUUGUUUGAAGCUCUCGAGAAGAUCAAAGGCGAGCUUAUGGUUCUAGGAUUCAUAUCCUUACUUCUAACAUUCGGGCAGAAUUACAUUACCAAAUUAUGUAUUCCCUUAAAGUUAGCAAACACCAUGUUGCCGUGCCCCUUGAAUAAGAAACACGAGGCCCCAACAGAAGAUAAGGGUGCAGGAGAACAUCAUCGGAGGCUUCUAUGGAAUGAGCAUAGAAUCUUAGCAGCAGAUAGUCUCUCAAAAGAGUGCAAGCCUAUUCGCGGGUGGAAAGAAUGGGAGCGUGACAUAAUUGAUUAUGACUAUGCAGUCUCCAAUGACCCUGCAAGAUUCAGGCUUACAAAGGAGACAUCUUUCGUGAAAGGGCACACCAGUUUCUGGACCACAACACCAGUCCUUUUUUAUGUUGUAUGCUUUUUUCGGCAAUUCUUUCGAUCUGUUCGUAAAUCUGACUACUUGACAAUGCGCCAUGGAUUUAUCUCCGUUCAUUUAGCACCUGGAAGUAAGUUUGACUUUCAGAAAUAUAUUAAGAGGUCAUUAGAAGACGACUUCAAGGUAACCUUAGCAGUUGGAACGAAGCUCCAAGCAAUUAUAACACAGAUGGCUGUUGAAAUCCAAGAACGACAUGCUGUAGUCCAAGGCAUCCCCCUUGUGCAAGUCUCUGACAGAAAUUUUUGGUUUGGCUGGCCUAAGUUGAUUAUUUAUCUCAUCCAUCUCACCCUCUUUCAGAAUGCAUUCGAGAUAACAUAUUUCUUUUGGAUAACGUACGAGUUCGGGUUAUAUUCUUGCUUUCAUGAGAAUUUCACUCUUGCAGUGGUAAGAGUUGCUCUUGGGAUAGGAGCACAAUUUUUAUGCAGCUACAUCACACUUCCACUCUAUGCCCUCGUUACACAGAUGGGAUCAACCAUGAAGCAGUCUAUUUUUGACGAACAAACUUCCAAGGCAUUGAAGAACUGGAAAAAGAGUGCCAUGAAGAAGAAGAAUGACGGAAGGCCAGCAUCAGCUCCCACUCGGACUUUAGGCGGGAGCCCAGUGGAUCAGCAGAGAGUUCCCCAACACGUCCUAAUCCCCAUAUGA